UCUGAUCUCCUGCCUACCACAUCCAUAUAUCGUUCUCCUUGUUUCCGGAGCCCAAAUCAUAGAGAAAUGGCUCAGCUGGCUGGAAAAUUGGAGGGUGAAGUCGAGGUGAAUUCACCUGCAGCCGAGUUCUUCGGCGUCUUGGCAUCUCAACUUCACCAUGUCAAGAACAUUAGUGAUGUUGUGCAUGAAACCAAGGUGCAUCAAGGAGACUGGCACGGCGUUGGCUCUGCUUCUAUUAAGCACUGGACUUACACUGUGGUAGAGAAGUGUAAGGAGCACUUUGAAGAGAUUGAUCAUGAGAACAAGUCACUAGCAUUCAACUUGUUUGAUGGAGAUGUUGGAGACAAGUAUAAAAGCUUAAAGGCGAAGCUUCAAGUGACUGACAAGGGCAACGGUGCCCUUGCAAAAUGGACUUAUGAAUACGAGAAGCUCCGUGAGGAAGUCCCUCCGCCCCAAGCUUACUUGGACUUCGCCACUAAGGUUACUAAGGAUGUUGAUGCUCAUCUCAUGAAUGCAAAGCCCUAAAACAUCAACAACAACAAAAAUAUGGAUUUGGCUUCUGGUUAUUAUCAGGGUUUUAUGUUAACUAAGUGUGUGAACCUAUAAUAAUGGUUGUGCUGAGAAUCAAAAUGCACGUAUUCAAGUGUGUGAUGUUUUAUUAUUGUGUGCUUAGUUAUGAAAUGUUGGUUCUGUA